AUGUCCCGCGGCUCCAACGCAGGCUUCGACCGACACAUCACCAUCUUCUCCCCGGAGGGCCGCCUCUACCAAGUGGAAUAUGCCUUUAAAGCCAUCGCUCAGAGUGGGCUGACGUCGGUCGGGAUCAGGGGGUCCGACACCGUGGUGGUCGUUACGCAAAAGAAAGUACAGGACAAGCUGCUGGACUCCUCCACUGUGACCAACAUGUUCAAGCUGACCCCUCGCAUCGGCUGCGUGAUGACCGGCCACAAUGCGGACAGCCGGUCGCAGGUUCACCGGGCCCGAGUGGAAGCUGGAGAAUGGAAAUAUAAGUUUGGCUACGACAUCCCGGCAGACGUUUUGUGCCGCAGGCUGGCCGACAUCUCCCAGGUGUACACGCAGAACGCAGAGAUGAGACCUCUGGGCUGCUGUAUGAUCAUGGUGGCUAUUGACCCCCAGCACGGUCCCGUUCUCUACAAAUGUGACCCGGCAGGCUACUACUGUGGCUUCAGAGCUACGGCGGUCGGAGCCAAACAGACGGAGGCCAACAGCUACUUAGAGAAGAAACUGAAGAAGAAGCCGGACCUGACCCAGGACAGAACCGUGCAGUUGGCCAUAUCCUGCCUGUCCUCCGUCCUGUCGUUGGACUUCAAAGCCACUGAGCUGGAGAUCGCCAUCGUCACCAAAGACAAACCUAAGUUCAGGACUCUGUCAGAGUCUGAGAUCGAAGCCCACCUUGUUGCCAUAGCGGAGCGGGAGUAG